CUUUCUUUUGUCGGCCGUGGGCAGCGAAUGCGAACCGUCGCACAAGCACAAGGCGAGACGUCAGAUUUGUUUGGUGACGCGAAUCGCGGCAGUGCCCUCCCGGUCAGUGUUUCGUAGGUCGUAGUGGCGGUAAAACGUCGGAGUUCGUUGGGAGUGCGUUUUUCGAUCGAGUGUAAAGUUUGUUAUUGUGCCCGUUAUCAUUUUUGGGCAAUUUUAUCACGUUCCAGUCUAACUUUAUUUCGAUUUAGUUAUUUUCUGUUUGCUUCCAUGUUCUAAAUUUAUGUAAAGUUUAUUUACUGUUUUCGAUGUUGUUUGGUAACUAAAUGAGUUCUCGUUGGUGUUGUGUUUGAUAAGUUGUUGAAUUUCGUAAAAGUGUUUAUGUGAAUCGUUUUUAUCGAAUACACGCCGCAUUACUGAUAUUCAGCGAAACUGCACUGAACGCGACUUGGUAAAGGUUCGAAAGGCAAAGACAAGGCUCACGACGGGAACCAGGGAUCUUAGUUCGAAGCAAACUGGUCGCUAACCAUCUAAAGGAAGUCCAACAGGAGACUGUCUUCAAACUUACUAAUUUUCUGGUGUACCCCGAACACGGUGUAUUUUCAAACCAAACUAACGCUACUACCACGGAAUGCUUCUGAAUUCUCAACAAUCUUAAAUAUCCAGUCCGCCGCCAGUUUUCGCAAACUUUAAAACGUCUACAAUCCAACAGUCUACAUUUUCCUCUCUUCCGCGUACCUUUCCACAUUUUUAACGAAUUAAUAAUAACAAUAAGUGAAUGCGCUCGAAACUUACGCUUGGAAUGCUCAAAUCGUCUUAAAUUUACACUUAAAGUAUGACAAAAGCUUAAAUAAGAUUCUCCUAUUUAAUAACUCUCGAAUAACCUAAAGAUAUUCUACUUCAGCCUUAAACCUUAAAAAUAAAACAACGAAACAAAUGUGUCUUAAAAGGAUAUAAGGAAGUGUGAAACUAUUACGCGUGUAAGAAAUGAUAAAUAUGAUAUUAACUAACGAAUAAUUUUUUACAAACUUUAAUAAUAAAAACAAAACACUUUUGAAGUUCUCAAACAAUUUUUAAAAAAUCGCUUAGCAUACGCAUGAAAAAAAUUUAAUACAAAUAUUCUUAUGAACAAGUGUGUGAUAUUUUCGAAUAUUAAAAUAUUAAAAAAAAUAGAAGAAAAUAGCGAAUCGAAUGAAUUAAGUGAAAUUUAAACCAAGAAAAUUUUCCCUAGUGCUACGGGAACUGUAUUUCCUGAAAAAAAUCCAUGAAAGUGCUUUUAAACAAUUUUUAUGAAAUUGAAUACGGAAUUCCUUUUGGUGUUAAUUUGUGCUAAUUUGUGGAUUUAGUUUCAAAAUUAGAUAUUUGUGUGAAACAAAAUCAUAUUUUUCGAAUAUCGACACCUUUGGAGUGAAUUUCAGGAGAUAAUUUGCUGAAAAAAGAUAGAUCGAAUGAACUGUGACAGAUUGGCAUAACAAAUGCAAUAAUCAACUGCCGAAUGCUGAUUCUUCCGACGUUGUCAUCUAAAAGUCAUCAUCGCUACCCUCAUUGUACCCAGUGCACUGUCAAACUUCUCUCCAUUUCCGUUUGACAUUGUGCCAAAAUUGCCGCCAAAACACUUCGACCUCAUGACUAUGGCAGAAAGUACUGACCCUAUGGGGCAUCAUAACAGUCAACCGCCGCAUCAUCAAGCUCAUCAUUAUGGUCAUUCGCAUCCAGUCAACAACAAUCAUCCGUAUGUUACCAACAACAACAUGCCGUGGAAGCAACGAAAACGAAAAAGACUGUCAGCCGUCGUAGACAAACUAGCAAACAACAAUGUCGCAAUCCACAACAACAACCAAGGGGAGAGCAGUUAUAAAAUUCCUUGUACAUACCCCGGAGGCAGAUCAAGUAGUGGCGAAGAGUCCGAGGAAUUGUCCAAUUCAGGAGACAGUCCCAGAGUUAGUGUUAGUCCGUUUCAGACAAAUGAAGCAAUUGACAAUCAACUGCGAGUAGACAUAAAGACUGAAUUGCCUAGUCCGUAUGAUAGGUACUUCCCCAUCGCAUCGCCUCUGUUUGGAUAUCUACGAAAUAAAUAUUUCACGGAAUUGUGUCGAAGAACAAAUGAUUUCUACGCUUCUCCUCCGGGUGCCACUCAACUCUCAAGUCAGAAUCAGCAGAGUCAGCCACAGCAGCACGAUCAGUCGCCCAGUCGCCAGCUUCAACAUGACCAGCGGCCGUCCCCAUCACAGCAUUCGCCAACAGUUCAUUACAAUCACUAUCAAAAUCAUCAACACCCGCAAAUCCACCCUCAUCCACAACUCAACAUUAUGCCACCCCCGCAAGAUCAGCCUCUAGAUCUGUCAGUGCGAGCGCGCAAAAUGCCGCCUGCAUCCAUAAACUUCGAUCCUAGGAUGUGUAAGCGCGAUGCAUUGCCAAAUAUAUUGCCUCACCAUCAUGGUCCAGUAGGAGUGCCAGUUAUAAAGGGCGAUGUAGCGUCGCCGACCACUAAGGAGUCAGUCGCUUGGCGUUACAACCUAGAUGUAUCCCCGGUUGUGGAGGAGAUGCCACCCGGAUCCGAUGUAGCCUACGUGUGUCCUGUUUGUGGACAAAUGUUUUCGUUACACGACCGUCUUGCCAAGCAUAUGGCCUCGCGUCACAAGAGUCGAAAUCCUUCCUCCGACAUAGCCAAGGCCUACGUUUGUGAGGUAUGCAACCGUUCGUUCGCACGCUCGGAUAUGCUCACGCGUCACAUGCGACUGCACACUGGCGUCAAGCCAUACACGUGUAAAGUAUGCGGUCAAGUGUUUUCACGAUCGGAUCAUUUGUCCACACAUCAGCGAACGCACACAGGGGAGAAACCCUACAAGUGUCCGCAAUGUCCUUACGCUGCAUGCAGGCGUGACAUGAUCACGCGUCACAUGCGAACCCAUACGCGCUACGAGGCCCAACGUACAGGCAGCUUGGUUGACGGUAAGUCCGGGAUCCUAUCCGAGAUGAAACUUCCGUUGCUGGUGAAGAACGAGAAUGUCCCUGACUCCCUCAAAUCACCACUCCUGGGGGAUGCACGGAUGCCGAUGAUUGUGAAAACUGAAAGCGCUUAAGGACGAGCUGCAAGUAUGCAAAGUAUGCGUUCAAUUAAUGUAUCUCAUGCGGCAUUAAGUUAUUUUAUGAGUAAUCUCUGUGAAGACUGAGAACAUGAUUUCUGUUUCUAGUAUUAAGUUUUAAGCGUUUAGUAGUUGCGUAGAUUACAAUCAUUUGAAAUCAGUUUGAUCCCUUACUCAUACACAUGACCCCAUCCAUUCCUCGUCGACUCCGGCAAGCGAGGAGAAGAUUUUAUAAAUCAAUUUAAGCUGACCCUUUUCAAUUUGGAGUAGAAAAUAUUUAAUUUCUCUGACAUGAAUUUUCUCAUGCCUGAAUUUGUAUUGUAUUAGUUUGCCGGAUCGACACCUAAUUAAUCCCAGCUACUUAAGAUAUUCCUUAAAUGUAUUUUUAUCUAUUUUUGUCUCUCUUAUCUGAUCAAAAGGUUGUGAACUUAGCCUAGAAUUAGCAUUUUUCUUAUUUUAUUUUAAGUUUUUUCUACAUAAAUAUUUAACGAUUCGAUUAAUUAGAAUAAAUAAUUCAAAAGACAAACAAAAAAAGAUGAUCAUCUGAAAAAAGAGUGUCCACUAGUAAUUUUCGUCAAAACGAACGGAAUAAAAUUUUUAAAAAAAUCAAGAAAAAGUUCCAAUUUAGGUUAGAUACGAAAACUGACAAUUUUUAUGAUAUUUGUUCAUUUAAUGAACGGAAAACAAAGAAAAUAUUGCCUUGAAAUAAUUUCAAGAAAAUGUCGAAAGCGAACGUUCGAACCGUAAAUUUAGGAUAUUUUUGUGAAAACAGUUCCAGUAGAAUACUUUCUGUGUCUCUAUUAGAUAGAAUUUAAUUUAAUUUCCUUAGUUAUGUCGAAUAAUUAUUACUUUAUUAAUUAUUAUUAUGUAUUCCCUAAUUUAUUUAUGUUUUGUGUGAGAAUCAUUGUUUUUAAGUUUUCCUAAUUUAUAUGUAUUUCUGUUUUUAAAUUAUAUGAAAAACAUGUCAAAUUUU